UUACGACCGAGGUGUACAUUUUACACCGCCUAGAGCCUAUUAUUAGGGCUCUUUAUCCUUUGAGUGUAGUACCUGUUGUCGCCUGUUUUCAGGAAUGAGUCAUGUGGCACUGGGAAAUACGCUCGAACUGGACGAGCAGUUGGCUGGUCUAGACCUGAAUGCUUCUGGUUCUCAGACUGCAGGAGGAAGUACUGCAAGCAAAGGGCGCUAUAUACCUCCUCACUUGCGGAACAGAGAAGCUUCUAAAGGAUUUUAUGAUAAGGACAGUUCAGGCUGGAGUUCUUCUAAAGAUAAGGAUGCAUACAGCAGUUUUGGGUCUCGUGAUUCAAGAGGAAAGUCCAGUUACUUCAGUGACCGUGGGAGUGGAUCAAGGGGAAGAUUUGAAGAUCGUGGACGGAGUGACUAUGAUGGUAUUGGCAGCCGUGGUGAUAGAACUGGCUUUAGCAAAUUUGAACGUAGUGGCCACAGUCGUUGGUGUGACAAAUCAGAUGACGAUGAUUGGUCAAAACCACUUCCACCAAGUGAACGCUUAGAACAGGAACUGUUUUCUGGAGGAAACACUGGAAUAAACUUUGAGAAAUAUGAUGAUAUACCAGUAGAAGCAACCGGCAAUAACUGUCCUCCACAUAUAGAAAGUUUCAGUGAUGUUGAAAUGGGAGAGAUUAUCAUGGGGAAUAUUGAGCUUACCCGUUACUCUCGUCCUACUCCAGUGCAAAAACAUGCCAUUCCCAUUAUCAAAGAAAAAAGAGACUUAAUGGCUUGUGCUCAAACAGGGUCUGGAAAAACUGCAGCGUUUCUUCUGCCUAUUCUGAGUCAGAUAUAUACAGAUGGUCCAGGUGAAGCUCUAAAGGCUGUGAAGGAAAAUGGAAGAUAUGGACGUCGCAAACAAUACCCGAUCUCUUUGGUUUUAGCACCAACAAGAGAAUUGGCAGUACAGAUCUACGAGGAAGCCAGAAAAUUUUCAUACCGAUCUAGAGUUCGCCCUUGCGUGGUUUAUGGUGGUGCAGAUAUUGGUCAGCAGAUUCGAGAUUUGGAACGUGGAUGCCACUUACUAGUAGCCACUCCAGGACGUCUAGUGGACAUGAUGGAAAGAGGAAAAAUUGGGCUAGAUUUCUGCAAGUAUUUAGUGUUGGAUGAAGCUGACCGAAUGCUGGAUAUGGGAUUUGAACCUCAGAUACGUCGUAUAGUUGAACAAGAUACUAUGCCACCAAAAGGUGUUCGUCACACCAUGAUGUUUAGUGCUACUUUUCCUAAGGAAAUACAGAUGCUUGCCCGUGACUUCUUGGAUGAAUAUAUCUUUUUGGCGGUAGGCAGAGUUGGUUCUACUUCUGAGAACAUCACUCAGAAAGUAGUUUGGGUGGAAGAGUCAGAUAAACGAUCCUUUCUACUGGAUCUCUUAAAUGCAACAGGAAAGGAAUCAUUAACUUUAGUGUUCGUGGAGACCAAAAAGGGUGCCGAUUCCCUGGAGGACUUUUUAUACCAUGAAGGAUAUGCUUGUACCAGCAUUCAUGGAGACCGAUCACAGAGAGAUCGGGAGGAAGCUCUUCACCAAUUCCGCUCUGGGAAAAGUCCAAUUCUAGUAGCUACAGCUGUGGCUGCAAGAGGGCUAGACAUUUCCAAUGUGAAACAUGUUAUCAAUUUUGAUUUGCCAAGUGAUAUUGAAGAGUAUGUACAUCGUAUAGGCCGUACAGGACGUGUAGGAAAUCUUGGCCUUGCUACCUCAUUCUUCAAUGAACGAAAUGCAAAUAUCACAAAGGAUUUGUUGGAUCUGCUUGUUGAAGCUAAACAAGAAGUUCCAUCUUGGUUGGAAAAUAUGGCUUAUGAACACCACUACAAAGGUGGUAGUCGUGGACGUUCUAAGAGAUUCAGUGGAGGGUUUGGUGCCAGAGACUAUCGUCAAAGUAGUUCCAGCAGCUCUGGCUUCAGUAGUCGUACAGGCAGCAGCCGGAGCAGUGGAAGUGGUCACAGCAGCAACAGAGGAUACAGCGGAGGUGCCUAUGGAGGCUUCUACAAUAGCGAUGGAUACGGAGGAAAUUAUAGCUCACAAGGAGUUGACUGGUGGGGCAACUGAAAAUCCUUUGCAGUAAAGUCAAACAAGCUAAUGCGUACCCUUAGCCAGACUAUGUUGUGUAGCUUCAAGAACAUAGCAGUAUGUUACCAACUGAUUCUCAUGAAAAUGCAAGAGAGCUCACAAGUCACAAGGAAGAAAUGAACAAUCAGCAGCCCUGUUAAGAAAUUUGAAGACUUAGUUGCUGUCAUUUGGAUAACUCGUCUCCUGCUUUGUUCCAUCCCAAACUGCAUUUGUAACUGACUGAGGAUCAUUUGUUAGUGUUCUGUGACUUUUAACUUUAGUCCAUGUUUAGAUACCUGUUGGCUCAGUAAUACUCAAGGUAACAGUUGUUUGACAAAUAAAUUUACUGAAUUGGGCUACCAUCAA